AUGGCAUAUCUAGAAUAUGGUGACGGAGAGAAUCGAGAUACUCGAUGUUCUAUUGAUCAAAAGUUUGAUGAGAAGGAGACUAAGAAGGUAAAUGUUUGCGAAGGCACUUCAGGGAGACAUCCAAAGGGGUUAUCAGAACCAGAAUCGAAAUCAAUGGAGACUUUAGCAAGGGCAAGUCCACCAAAAUGGCAAUCAAAUGAUCAAGGUAGUUCGAGGUUGGAGGCAAUGCUUGAGAAGGCUCUGGCAAAUCAAACUAAAUCUGAAAAGAAGUUAUCUAGGCUGACGGCAACAGUGGAAUCUCAUACAAAGUCUAUUCAAAAGCUCGCGUCACAGAUGUGUGAUAUUUCUAGAGAGCAGCACCCUCCUAAAAAGGGAGGACUUCCUAGUGACACUAUUUCAAAUCCGAAGAAUGGGGGAGGUAGUGUAGACCGUGUGUUUUCUAUCAGUACUAAGAGUGGUAAAAUUCUCCAAAGUACUAAAAGGAAUGUUGUUGAUCUCGAGCCAAUUAAUGAAGAGGAAGAGGUGCAGUCUAAUGCACCAAUCAUUGUUGAUGAGGUUACUAGGGAGGAGAAAAAUGCCGAUAUUCCAGAAAGUUCGAAGGUGGCUGGGGAUAAGAGCAAGCAGACUCUAAAGCAGUUAUCUCUGAACUUUUCAUUCUUGGAUGUUGUCAAGAAGAUGGACGGAUUUGCUAAGUACUUGAAAGACAUUUUGACCAAGAAGAAGACGGUGCAAAAUGAGACCAUCAGUUUGUCUCACACUGUGAGUUCCAUUAUUUCAACAAAUACUGUCCAGAAAAAGAGAGAUCUUGGGGCAUUCACCAUUCCUUGUUCUGUUGGGUACCAUAAUUUUGCUCGUGCCCUGUGUGAUAAUGGGGUGAUUAUAAAUCUAAUGCCACUUGCUAUCUACAAGCAAUUAGGUUUGGGGAUGCCAAGGCCAACUACUAUGAGAUUACAGAUGGCUGAUAGAUCUAUUAAGCUGCCGGUUGGCGUGGUUGACGAAGUGCUUGUGUGGGUUGGUAAAUUUAUGUUGCUCGAUGAUUUUGUGAUUCUUGACUAUGCUUUUGAUCGGGAUAUUCCCAUUAUUCUGGGGAGACCUUUCCUUGCUACGGGAAGAACUCUUAUGGAUUCAGAAAAGAAUGAAAUAAAAUUUUGA